GGCGUGCGCGUGAGCGUGAGCGAGGCCGGUGAGGCGGCGGCGCGGUGUGCGCGGCUGUGGCUGAGCUGACCGGUGAGCGGGGCUAGGCGGGCCGGGCGGGUGUGACGUGUCCUGAGGGAGAACGUCGGAGAUGGGAUGGUUAACGAUCUGUUUGGGGAACAGCCGCUCGGAGCCGUGCAUGGGUCGCUGCUCGUGGUUAUCUAAUUGGCUGGCUGCGGUUCCCGGGCGCCUUCUGAAGGAAGCUACGUCUCUCAGCCUUUCGGUUCCUGUUAAAGUUGACGCUGUGGUGUCACGGAGGUGUCUGCCGCAGCUCUGAUCUGGGCUCUCUAGGUGUUGCAUCCUGCCAGAUGCCGUUGCAGGGUGCUAUGGUCCCUCAUCCUGACAGAAAGGAGUCUCACUUUCACUUUUCCUGCCUGUGACUUGGGCAUUGCCUCCAACUGGAACUAAGGUGUGCUUGACGCUGGAUAGCAAAAGUAGGUAGGGCUUAUCCUGGCUGCUGGAUUGCUGUCUUUCCAGUGGAUGAGCACCUUCAAGGUGUCUGACCUUGUGAUGGAAGACAGUGGUAAUGAAACACAAGCACGCAAGCUGCUGGUAUUCCACACGUGUUAGUCACUAAGGUCCUGCUGUCAUGAACUUAAAUCUUGCAGAGCAGGCGGCACAUGAGUGAUUUAAGGGUGAGAUUUUUCAUCAGCUGGCAGCCCAGGAAUUAAACUCUCCCCUCAAUGGAGGAGGAGAAAUAGUUGAUCUUCCUUCCCAGCAGGUGCUGGCAGAGAGGGCAUGUGUGCUGUGCCCCAGCGCAAAGAUCCUCAAGCAGAACCAAGUACGCGCGACGGGGUGGAAAGCUCUGCUUGAGUCCUGUCUGGUUGCUUGGUGUGCUGUGUGUGUUGUCUUGGCUGCUAAGGAGCCCACAAACGGAGAGGAGGAGCUUAGACAAUUGAAGCUUGAAGUCAGGGGAAUCUUGCAUUCUCUAGUAAUCUGAGGUUCUUAGUGGAACUAGUAUUUCUUGGGUGAAAGUGUAAAUGUCUCUGAGGGCCACUCCUGUCAGCUGUGAUACCUCUGGGAUUAUGCUCUGUUGGAGCCUCAAGGGUUGAGUUUAAAGAAACUUCUGUUUUAUCCUGAACUAGUUAUUUUAAGAAUCACGGGUUUGUUUGAUGCUUACUGAAGGUGAUGUGGUACACACAGCAGAAGAGCUUGUAAUGCAGCAGCUUGUGCUCAGGGACAGAAAUUGCAUCCCUGGGGGUUUUGCUACCUUGCUGUGUGUCUGAGAUAGGGUUCUUCUCCUCUUAGAGGACAUGAUGGGUCAAAUGAUCUGUUCAGAAGUUGAAGCAGGUAGGCAACAAGCAAGGAAUAACGACAGCUACUGUUCGUAUCUUGCUUAGAAAGUGUUCCAUACACUAUCCUCAUGCAUGCUAGGAAAAUACAUCAUUGAGUUUUAAACAGUUCUUGGUAGGCAAGAGUUAAGUAAGCUAAAUCUGAAUAGCUUGACCUUGGCAGCUGCAAAUACAGCUUUCAUAAGUGUUUGAGGUGGAUGAAUGUGGAGCCUCGGUCCCCAGCUGUUAGGGAGCACCUGGCUGUUACAGAAACCUGGAACACUUGAAGAGGGAAGAUUGUAUUAAUACAGUUUGGAGUCACAUGACUGUAGAAUAUACUUUCUUUGGAGAAGAAAAACCUUAACAUGGCGAGCAAAGGAAGUAAUACAGACUGCAUGUCAUGCAGUGUGCUGAACUGGGAGCAGGUCAGCCGCCUGCAUGAAGUUCUUACAGAGGUGGUUCCAAUCCAUGGACGGGGUAACUUCCCAACGCUGAAGAUAACUCUGAAGGACAUAGUUCAGACCGUUCGGAGUAGGCUGAAUGAAGCAGGCAUUGCAGUACAUGAUGUCCGUCUGAACGGCUCUGCUGCUGGCCAUGUCCUGGUCAAAGAUAAUGGUCUGGGCUGCAAAGACUUAGAUCUCAUUUUUCAAGUUUCUCUUCCAAGUGAGGCAGAGUUUCAGUUGGUUCGAGAUGUGGUGUUGCGUUCCCUCUUGAAUUUCUUACCAGAAGGAGUAAGCAAACUGAAAAUCAGUCCAGUAACACUGAAGGAAGCCUACAUCCAGAAGCUAGUUAAAGUGUCCACGGAGUCUGAUCGUUGGAGUUUGAUAUCACUUUCCAAUAAACAUGGCAGGAAUGUGGAGCUGAAGUUUGUAGACUGCAUAAGACGCCAGUUUGAGUUCAGUGUAGACUCUUUCCAAAUCAUACUGGAUUCCCUGCUGUUUUACUAUGACUACUCAGAAAACCCCAUGUCAGAGCACUUCCAUCCAACUGUGAUUGGGGAGAGUAUGUACGGAGACUUUGAAGCAGCUUUUGAUCACCUCCAGAACAAGCUGAUAGCUACCAAAAAUCCUGAAGAGAUCCGAGGUGGUGGGCUUCUGAAAUAUAGUAACCUCUUAGUGCGAGACUUCCGGCCCAUGGAUAAAGAUGAGAUCAAAACAUUAGAGCGCUACAUGUGCUCCCGAUUCUUCAUAGACUUCCCAGACAUCCUGGAUCAGCAGCGCAAACUAGAGACCUACCUCCAGAACCACUUCUCCAAAGAAGAGAGGAGCAAAUAUGACUACCUCAUGAUUCUGCGCAGGGUGGUGAAUGAGAGCACUGUGUGUCUCAUGGGACAUGAGCGAAGACAGACUCUCAACUUGAUUUCUCUGCUGGCGCUCAAAGUGCUGGCAGAACAGAACAUCAUCCCUAACGCCACUACUGUUACCUGUUACUACCAGCCAGCACCUUAUGUUAGUGAUGUAAACUUCAGCAAUUACUAUCUUGCAAAUCCUCCGGUGCCAUAUAGCCAGUCCUACCCCACUUGGUUGCCUUGCAAUUGAUUGCUUCACUUGAGUGCUCUUCAGCAGAGGCUUCUAAAAGCUGAGUGUACAUAGACAAGUAAUGGACAUUUGUAGGUCUUCUAAUAAGACUGUUGGACUAAUUACUUCCUGGCAUGCAGUAGGAAUAUGCAACCAGGCAACCUGUAAAGAACCUUUUCAGUUUAUCUCUACAAAUGCCGAGAAGCCUUAUUACCUCUUCAAUGGGAGAAGAGAACCAGCAACCAAAGAUCAGAAGAAUAGUUACAGGACUAGGUACUUGUCUUGGAAGUGGCUAUUAACUUGUCAUCUAAGUGGAGUAUUCAGUAAACUGUGUUAGUUAAUAGAACUAAGACUGGGAAAUAUAUUGUGCAGAGCAGAAGCUGAUUUAAAACCAAAACUUUGUAUUGACAAACCUCAUUACUUUAUACUUCUUCAGUUCAGAUUCUGGCCAGCUUUCUGUUGAAUUCUUGUGUAAGAGUGGUCUUGUCAUGCUUGGGCUGCUUCUACUUUUGGCUGUGUGGAACUGGUAACUGUGUGGAAAAUGUCCCUCUUGCAGAGGGCCUAAUGGCUGUUUCCUUUAGUGCAUGGGCAUAUGUGGUCCUGCCUCAAGUUCAAGGUUUCUUGGAAGUUGGAGAUGGAUUAAUGAGCCUGUCUCUAAAAGCAUGAGUUGCCUAGAUUUCUCUGGAGUAUGAGAAUUUGGAAGUUGGCUUCUCUAAGCAUGCAGCAGAACAUGAUCUAAACUUACUAAUAUAAAGUCCUUGAAAUGAGGAAAUAAAGCCUUAAAUAGAAUUGGAACCACUGCUUGAAUAGGAUGGGAAGAGUACUAUUAAGUAGAGGCUCAAGAUAAAGCCUUUUCGACUACAUCUUUCUAAACAGCUAUUGGCACAGCUGGGAAAUAGUGCAGCUCUUACACCAAAGUUUUAAGUUUCUUCCUUGUGGGUCCACAGCAAGCAAAAAUCCACUAACUUGUAGGCUGACGUGCACUCCUGUCAGUAUGAAUUUCUAAAGCACCUCCUUGUUUUUCUUGUACAAAUUCAGGCAGGUCCUGCAGGCUUGCCUUUGCCUCCACCUAAGGGUCAAGCCUGUUGGUUUAUCAUUAUCUCUUGGUCAUUGUGUAAUGUGGUCUUUUGGGAGGUUAAAUUCUUGGUCUAUUGUGGUCUUAAACUUCACUUGAUGAGGUGUAUAAACCUUAAUCAGAGCUCUCCACAGAGGCUGUAUAUGGUGAAAGUCUGUCCCUAGUUUCAGAAUAACCUCUGAAAGAGUAUCUACUUGCUUGGAGGUGUAGGGGGCUGAACUGCACAUGCUGAACUUUCUGCUUUGACACUUCUGUGCUUUAUAAGGAUGGUUCUGUAUAUAGCAGUACUGGAAACUGGCUGGUAAUACCUUGACUGGCAACUUUCACUCAAUUGCAAUAGUAAAAAUUCAUACUGUAAAUGAUUUUGUUUUCUUUGCUUAAACAGAAAAGUAGACUAGAAAGGCAAAAAUUAGCUCUGUUUAAUGUGUACUGGUGCAAUGUUUAAGGAUGCUUAAUUGCUAACUCUUAUGUCUUCUUGCUGCCUCCCUGAGUGUAUGAGACCAAAGCGCUGGAUCAAACAAAUGAUUUAAGUGUAGAAAGAAAAGCAGAUGAAAUAAAACUAUAUGGUUGUUGUUAGAUGUGAAGAACAAUAGCAGAGCUGCAUUUACUUGGCAGUGGAAGAACUGCCUGUUCUUGGUAGGACCAAAGGCUUCUUGUUAUGUUACAAGCUCUCUCACUUUUUUGUAACUAAUGCAUGAAGGCCACCUUGGUAUAGCAGCAAGGCUACUUUUAUUUUGUUCAGGCUUCACUUAGCUUGGGAAAGCAGGGAGGGAUAGGAUUGUGAAAGCAGGCUGCAGCCAGGCAUGCUUUAUGUUAAUAUCUUGCACAGUCUUGUAAGCAUCUUCAGUAGCAAACCUUUUUUUUAUUAUUAUUAAAGACUCUUGAAUAGUCAGAGUUCUUAAGGAUGAGUUUACUUUCAAAUUUUUCUAGGAAUUGUGGCUUGGACUUGAUGCAAUUUACAGGCAAGGCACUUCUCACCUAGAGUACUGACUAUCUGGGAGGCUUUUCUUAAAACUGAUGUGAUGUUGGUGUUGUCAUGUGUGUCAAAUGUAAUGCAAGCUUACUGAUGGGAUGAGUAACUCCUGCAUGCGGAGCAAUACUUGGCCUAUUACAGGGUAUCACUAGAAGGAAGUCCUUUUGUUUAAGAACUUGUAAUUGCUUUCAUCCCUUAAAUAGCUUCAGUUGACUUUUAAAAAAAGCUAUGUCUGUUCCAGAAGUAAACCAAAACCAUUGCCUAGAGGGACAAGUUUGAUUUGCACAUCAGCUUAGACUUGAGUCCUGUGGGAUCUCAUAGCUGAACUUUAGGAACUGUGUGUACCAGCUCAUGCAGAAGAAGUAGUCAAUACUCAAGAGGAGUCCUUACAAUUUUGAAGCAAAUCGUUUUUCCUUGCUAGCCUUUGAAUGCCUUGGCUACUGAGUGUCAGGCCAAAUGCAUCUACUGGGAAAAGAAGUGCUAGAAUAAAGCUCUGUGUUCCUACUGAGACAGAGCUGUGGACACCCAACUUCCUGCAAUAAAUAUUUGUGCUCUUGUUGAUGUAACUCGUUGCUGAGGCCUCUAAGGAAGCUUUAUGUAGAAUGCCUGCUCUCUGAACAGCUGACUCCCUUGGUUUAAGCUUUGCAGGACUACUGGGUCUUAAAUUGUUCUGGCAUAUUAAAUUACUAAUGCUGUUCACCCUGGAUGUUAAGUUCUUGAGUAGUUAAUAAGCAACUUCAGGCUACAAUUUACCUACUGUAUUAGCACUAAAUAGAAGAAACAACGUUACUGGGACAGUGUUCUGUCUCUUUGCCUUCAAAUAAUCGUAGUUUGGCAGUUUAGGCAGAGCUGAAAUGCUGAAUAGAUUUGUCAAGGUGCUGCCUGCAGUCUACCCCUUUCUGAUUUCAAAUUGUUUUGGCAGCCUGAUGUCCCAGGUGGCAGCAGCUCAGUCUGGUGUGUGCUAGCUGGUUUGCGAUCAGGUUUACAAGGAUCCUGCAGCUGGGAGUAAUAUGAGAAUGAGUGCUAAGGUAAUGACCCACGGCCAAGUUCAGGCUGCCUGCUUGAUUCAGUCUCCCUGUAGUGCUAAGUGCAAACCUCUUGUAUGCUUGCUUCUGUAUCAAGUAGAAGUUUGAGAGCAGCUGCUAAACUUCAGGCUGUUACCCUAAUGCAUUCUUUCCAGGCAGUAGCAUUAUAGCAGAACUGCAGAAAUACUGGACUGCAAGACUUGUAUCAGCACAUCAUUCCUGAGGACUAGGCUUCUAGGAAGCUAGACUAGUUUACAAUAGCAAUUUUCUUCCUGUAGCUUAAACUCUGCAGGGCUAAGCCAGUCUGAAGCUAAGCAUCUGUGAAAUUUGUCACCAAGUUCCCUUUAACUUACAGUUUAUUGGUAUUACUUCCUCAUUGUAAGAGAUUAAAUCUUUUUUUUUAUUUGAUGAAGAUGCUACUAAAGAAACCUACUAGUAAAAUGUGUUUUAGUCGCUUUCAAGAAAUCCCUGUGCUAACCACCAUAAUUCUGAACAGUGACAAGGUAAAGCAUACCUUGUGCUCCCUCAGCUCAAGAUGUAAGUUGCUGUGUUUGUCUUCAGCUUGUUCACUGUGCCACUAAGCUGGAGAUUGCUUCUGAGUAACCGUUGCUCACAAUCUUUUGUUUUAACAUGAGUAGUCUGUCUACAGAGCAGAAGGUUUAUACCAGGUCUCAAUUAGAGCUUUAAGUAUUUGAACUAUAGAUAUCCAUAUUUGUGGACUGAGUUAUGGGGUUAAGCAUAUGGUAUGUUUUGUGCCUAGAUGUCAUGGGAUUCUGAUAGUUAGAAUAACUACUGAUUUUUGGUAGUGAUCUCUGCUUGUCACUACAUGAGAAGUCCAAGUCAUUUUCUAAGAGGCUUUCUCCAAACAAGUUACUUCAGUUUUAAACUGCUGGCGUGCUGAUAGUGCUUUAAUGAGAGGUGUAAAAAAACUAAUUGAAUUGGGUGCCGUAGUUGUUAGACACAGGAAUAAGCAAUAAGCCGGUCACUGUUAGUAGCAAAUGUGUGAUUCGGGCAUCGGGAGCCAAAUGGAUGGUAAUACUUCUAGCCUUUGCAUCUAAGUCUUGCUCAAACCAUUACUGUCAACUGUUAAAUAUGGUGAACUGUAUUUCAUAUGGGCUAUUUAAUUUCAGUGGAACUUGUUCCGAGGUGGAUUGUUGGGCUAUAGUUGUAGAAGCUUUGGGAGUGGUUGGGAUGCUCCAGCUUUUCUUCUUCACCAGAAGAGGAGGCCACUCACUGAAGUGUUUGCAUUGGGCUUGUCUCUCUUUCUGGUUAGAACUGCACUUUUUGUUGAAAUCUAAAUUUUUUUUUCCUGUUUAUUUUUUUUUAAUUUUACUAUUAGAAGUCAGCUCUUGGAAAAUCUAUCUUGUACCUGUUUUGGAAAAGUGACUUUUUUUUCUUUAAGCUGGCAGAACAAGAUACUAGAAAGAUUUCAAUUUGUGAUGAGCCCAAAUGUGAGAUUAGUUACAGUGACUACCUACUGUCCUGCACUGUGGUGUUCACUUGUCACCCUUGGAAACUGGGUUUUGGAGCUUAAUGAUUCUGAAAUACUUGUACAAAUAAACUUAUGCGAAACAC